GACUAGAACUGUGAACUAUGAACUAUGUAUUAUUAUUAUUAUUUAUCCAUUAUGUCAUGUUUAUUGUUUCCUGUGUUCUGAGCGUGCGCCGCUCGUUAUCUUGAGUUAUGUAACCUCCUCGUGUUCUUGAUUAUUUUUAAGUAAGCUAAAGCUAGCAAUUACAUUGGCGACGAGGAUCCGACCUACCCAUUCUACCUGCCAUGGCUACACAUGGCACUCUGGGACCCUUCGACCUCGCUUUGGGCGACUGGAAGUCGUACGUCGAAAGGGCCGAGCUGUAUUUUACAGCGAACGAUGUGGACGACAAUGGCAAGAUGAGGGCCAUCCUACUUAGCUCCUGUGGUGAUGUAACUUACCGACGCAUUAAGGAUGUUCUCUCCCCGCGUACACCAGCUGAAGUGACGUUCAGGGACAUUUGUACUGCCAUGUCCACCCAUUUGCAACCUCAACCCUCAGAAAUAGUGCAACGUUUUCGUUUCAACACUCGAGUUAGGCAGCCCCAAGAGACAAUAGCAACUUAUGUUACACAACUCAAACGUUUGGCGGAGAGCUGCAACUUUGGUGACGCAGCCAGGCUCAAUGAGAUGAUAAGGGACCGCCUAGUAUGUGGCAUUGCUAACGGGAAAUGGCAACAAAGGCUCUUGGCAGAAGAAGGCUUGACUUACGACAAAGCAUAUAAACUCUUGCUCAGUUUAGAAGCCUCAGAAAAGGAAGUUAAGGAUUUAACAAUACCAGAUGCCACUGCGGUACAUCAACUCCGUCCAUUCCGAAAAACCUCGGCUCCUACCUAUACCGAGAGAGGAGAAGCACAACCUUGCUACAGAUGUGGAGGAGAACAUUCCCAUAGUAGUUGCAGGUUCAAAGACGCAGAAUGUAGGUACUGUCACAAGAAAGGCCAUAUUGCUGCAGUUUGCCGCCAGAAGCUGAAGAACAGUAAGCCAUCGUCUCGACAGAUUCACACUGCAGCGGGACAGCAAGAAGAGGAAGAAGAUUUUCCGGAGUACUCAAACCUGAUCGAUCGUAUUACGACACGUACACCCCUGGGUGACCCCCUAAUGGUCACUAUCGAGAUUGAAGGGAUUCCUGUUAAGAUGGAAGUGGAUACUGGAGCCACCCUGUCCAUCAUGAGCUACUCAACAUUAUCCUCUACCUGGCCAGAAGCCCUUACUCCAGAAAUCAAGCCAACUCAAGCCAAGUUGCGUACGUACACUGGCGAAAAGAUAGUGGUAAAAGGGGCAAUUGAUGUGAAGGUUAAAUACGGUGGGCAAGAAGCAGAAGUGUCUCAUCAUAGUGGAUGGACAAGGCCAAACACUGCUUGGAAGAGACUGGUUACAAUAUUUACGGCUGGACUGGGCCACGCUCAACCAAGUAACACAAAAGACUAGUGAGUUGGAAACAUUGGUGCACGCUCACUCUGCUCUGUUUUCUGAAGAAUUAGGGCUCAUUAAGGGUGCCACAGCUCAGCUCU